UCUCCUUUACCUUAUCCCUUCUCGUAGCCGAAGCUCUCCCUUCCUCCCAUUCAUUGUCUCUUUCCAUCUCUCUCUAUCUCUAUCUCUAUCUCUAUAAACAUUUCUCCCUCGUAGCCCUCUCCCACCCCUGCAAUCUGCAGAAGAAAGAAAAAAAAGGGAAGCUUUGCACCUCCCAAUUUGAGGCCUCUUCUCCAAAGACAGGCCAGGCCGACUCUGACAAAUUGGGGCAUUAGUGUCAUACUCAACUGAAGAGAAGAAUAAGCCCUACAAAGAAACGAAAUUUAGAGAAAGAGAUCUGGAUAGGGGAAUUUUUGUGCUGCCUCUCUCCACCGUUUCUUGGGUUUUUUCCCGGCGAUUUUGGACGGCACAUCCCGCCAUCAAUCCGAAGCCCAAGCAUGAGUGAGUCGUUUGGUAUCCAGAUCAGCUCCAAUCUGGUCAAUAGGCUUAUCAUCGAAGAUGAAGUCAAGAAGAAGCCCAAGAAGGCCCCCGCCCGAAACAAAUCAAGGAAAUGGCCUCUUCCUCUGCCGCAACAAGCCCCCAAUCUUAGCCAUCAUCAUGACGACUCCACAAUCAAGAUGAUGCCCCCAUUCUUACCUUUACCACUGAGGCAGCUUCCCCUUGAAAUUCCCUCUGCUACUGCUGCGAAUGAGGAAGAGAUUAAUGCGAUCCAUGAAGUUCUUAGGGAGAGUGAGAGGGUGUUGGAUAGGCUGCAGAAACAGGAAGAGAACUUGGCAGAGCAAGUAACACUGAGGGCAAAGGAGCUGCGAGACAAGGAGUUCAAGCUUCCGUACCAGAAGCCAGUGCCAUGCUUGAGGGAGAAGGAUGCGUGCCUCCAAUGUUACAAGGAACACUCAAAGGAUAAUCCUCUCAAAUGUGCUGAUGUAGUCAAUGCAUUCGCUGACUGUGCUCGCAGGGCUAGAGAGCAACAACAGCAUGCUGUCUAGUAUUUCUGCACUUGAGAAAGUAAGAACUUCACUUUCAUUGGGAGUGAAAAUUGAUUAUCAGAGUUUCGAAUUGUGGUAGAAAAUGAUGCUAUGGCUUUUACUUGGGGAUGAGGAUAUAGGUAUCAACUGAAGAUGGAACUACUCCAUUCCCAUUUGUUUUCUAAGCGGUUAAAAACUUUCUAUCAUAGCUUGGAAGAGAGAUGAAAUCAAUCUUGUAUUCUACAAAAACAAUCCCAAAGAGGCUAUUUUGUGAUCAUUGGCGCAUAUAGCAAAAACUUCUUGAUUUUUCAUAAAUAAAUCUGUUAUGAGACUCCAAUAAUUUGAUUUCAUUUAUUUCGGAAUUCGGGGAAUUGAGAUUUUGUCCAAAAGUGCAAUGAAACUCAUGAAAGUAACAAAACCAUGUGCAUGGGAAACUUUGGGCACAUUGUCGGAUCACAAUGAGCACUGCGAUAUUCGAAGAAAGAGUGUUGUGGGGAAGGGAAGGUACAAUGAUCUAUAUGAUCAUGAAGAAACCAUGAUAAUGACGGUCAUCACCAUCCAAUCCAAUUGAUGGACAGAGGUGGAGAGAGAAGGUAGGACGUCCAAGUCAUUUCAUUUUCUGGAGGGUCCCAGUGUCUCAGUACCUCUUUGUCCAAUUAGUUUGAUGUUGAUCGAAGUGUUUGAUCAUACGGAUCACAAUAUGUUUGAUAUUAUACUAAAUGUAUAUCAAAACGUUAGAAUAAAGCUCGAAUGAUGGUGAUGAUGUAAUAGAAUGCUAAACAUCGAGGUAUGUUAUUGAAAUUUGGAGAAGUACGUCUAUGUGAUGUGGAUGCUUGAAGGGUACACAAGCAUUCUCACCCUCUCAGAGUUAUAGGUCAAAAGAAAAUGUUGACAACUGAAAGUAAAUCUCUUCUUAGUGAGUUUUCCUUUGUUGACUAUUUCAUAAUCUAUGUGGUGGCCUAUUUAGCAA